GGUAACUAGCCCCUUUCUGCUUAAAAAAGCAAAGGGGGAUCGAGGGCAGCCUUUGCAGCCUCCCCCUCUCCUGGACCAUGCACCCCUGCAUCUUCUUGCUCAGCCACAGGCGAGGACUUGAUUUCUUGAGCUAAAACUUGUUGACUUUUCUUCUCCCCAACAACUGAAUCAUGCCAUGUGUGCAGACGAACUGGUUUGCAAAGCUCUCCGUGGCGGCUCAGCUCCUGAACUUGGGGGCCCUUUGCUAUGGGAGACAACCUCAGCCGGGCCCGGUGCGCUUCCCGGACAGGAGGCAAGAGCAUUUUAUCAAGGCCCUGCCAGAAUACCACGUGGUGGCUCCCUUCCGAGUCGAUGCGAGUGGGCAUUUUCUGUCUUACGGCUUGCGCCCUCCCAUCACCAGCAGCAGGAGGAAGAGAGAUCUGGAUGGCCCCGAGGACCAGGUGUACUAUAGAAUUUCUCACGAGGAGAAGGACCUGUUUUUUAACUUGACGGUCAAUCAGGGAUUACUUUCCCAAAGCUACAUUGUGGAGAGGAGAUACGGGAACCUCUCCCAUGUGAAGAUGGAGGCUUCCUCGGGCCCCUCCUGCCACCUCAGGGGUGCAGUUCUCCAGCAGGGCACCAGGGUCGGGACGGCAGCCCUCAGUGCCUGCCAUGGACUGACUGGAUUUUUCCAUCUGCCACAUGGAGACUUUUUCAUCGAGCCUGUCAAAAAUCAUCAGCUGGCUGAGGGAGAAUACCACCCACACAUCGUGUACAGGAGGCAGAGGCCGGGUGUCGCAGAGAUGAAGGAGCCAACCUGUGGCUUAGAGGACAGCCUUGGCACCUCCCAGAAGCAAGAGCUACAGAGGGAGAAGUGGGAGAGGAGCAACUUGCCAGGCAGAAGCCUCUCUCGGCGUUCCAUCAGCAAGGAGAGGUGGGUGGAGACGCUGGUGGUGGCCGACACGAAGAUGAUUGAGUACCACGGCAGUGAGAAUGUAGAGUCCUAUAUCCUCACCAUCAUGAACAUGGUCACCGGGUUGUUCCAUAACCCAAGCAUUGGCAAUGCAAUUCACAUCGUUGUGGUUCGGCUCAUUCUACUCGAAGAGGAAGAGCAAGGAUUGAAAAUUGUUCACCAUGCAGAGAAGACACUGUCCAGCUUCUGUAAGUGGCAGAAGAGCAUCAAUCCCAAGAGUGACCUCAAUCCUGCCCAUCAUGAUGUGGCCGUCCUUCUCACCAGAAAAGACAUCUGUGCUGGUGUCAAUCGCCGCUGUGAGACGUUGGGUCUGUCCCACCUGUCGGGAAUGUGCCAGCCUCACCGGAGUUGUAACAUCAAUGAAGACUCUGGACUCCCCUUGGCUUUCACAGUUGCCCAUGAGCUUGGACACAGCUUCGGCAUCCAGCAUGAUGGGAAGGAAAACGACUGUGAGCCCGUGGGCGGGCACCUGUACAUCAUGUCCCGCCAGCUCCAGUACAAUCCCAUCCCGCUGACGUGGUCCACGUGCAGCAAGGAGUAUAUCACCCGCUUCCUGGACCGAGGCUGGGGGUUCUGUCUUGAUGACAUUCCCCAAAAGAAAGGCUUGAAGUCCAAUGUCAUUGCCCCUGGAGUGAUCUAUGAUGUUCACCACCAAUGCCAGCUGCAGUAUGGCCCCAACGCUACCUUCUGCCAGGAAGUAGAAAAUGUUUGCCAGACACUAUGGUGCUCGGUGAAAGGCUUUUGUCGCUCCAAGCUGGAUGCUGCUGCAGAUGGGACACGAUGUGGUGAGAAGAAGUGGUGCAUGGCUGGCAAGUGUAUCACGGUGGGCAAGGAACCAGAGAGCAUUCCCGGAGGCUGGGGCCGCUGGUCACCCUGGUCCCACUGUUCCAGGACCUGUGGGGCCGGAGCCCAGAGUGCAGAGAGGCUCUGCAACAACCCUGAACCAAAGUUUGGAGGGAAGUACUGCACUGGAGAAAGAAAACGCUAUCGCUUGUGCAACGUCCACCCCUGUCGCCAAGAUACACCAACAUUUCGGCAGAUGCAGUGCAGUGAGUUUGACACUGUUCCCUACAAGAAUGAAUUCUACCACUGGUUUCCAGUUUUUAAUCCAGCACAUCCUUGUGAGCUCUACUGCAGACCGACAGAUGGCCAGUUUUCCGAGAAAAUGCAGGAUGCAGUCAUGGACGGUACCCCUUGCUUUGAAGGCAGCAACAGCAGAAAUGUCUGUAUUAAUGGCAUAUGUAAGAUGGUCGGCUGUGACUACGAGAUCGAUUCCAAUGCCACAGAGGAUCGCUGCGGUGUGUGCCUUGGGGAUGGCUCAGCCUGCCAGACCGUGAAGAAGAUGUUUAAACAGAAAGAAGGAUCUGGUUAUGUCGACAUCGGACUGAUUCCAAAAGGAGCCAGGGACAUACGGGUGAUGGAGGUUGAGGGAGCUGGAAACUUUCUGGCCAUCAGGAGUGAAGACCCUGAAAAAUAUUACCUCAAUGGAGGAUUUAUUAUCCAGUGGAAUGGGAACUACAAGCUGGCAGGGACCGUCUUUCAAUAUGACAGGAAAGGAGACCUGGAGAAACUGAUGGCCACAGGUCCUACCAAUGAGUCGGUGUGGAUCCAGCUACUAUUCCAGGUGACUAAUCCUGGCAUCAAGUAUGAGUACACAAUCCGGAAAGAUGGCCUUGACAAUGACGUGGAGAAGCUGGUAUAUUUCUGGCAGUAUGGCCGCUGGACAGAGUGCAGUGUAACGUGUGGGACAGGUAUCCGCCGCCAGACCGCCCAUUGCAUGAAGAAGGGUCACGGGACGGUGAAAUCUACAUUCUGUGACCCAGAAACACAACCCAAUGGGAGACAGAAGAAGUGCCAUGAAAAGGAUUGUCCACCCAGGUGGUGGGCAGGGGAGUGGGAAGCAUGUUCGGCGACAUGCGGGCCCCACGGAGAGAAGAAGCGCACCGUGCUAUGCAUCCAGACCGUGGGCUCUGAUGAGCAGGCUCUCCCAGCUCAAGACUGCCAGCACCUGCUGAAGCCCAAGACCCUCAUCUCCUGCAACAGAGACAUCUUGUGUCCAUCCGACUGGACAGUGGGCAACUGGAGUGAGUGUUCUGUUUCCUGUGGUGGUGGAGUGCGGAUUCGCAGUGUCACGUGUGCCAAGAACCAUGAUGAGCCCUGCGAUGUGACAAGGAAACCCAACAGCAGAGCUCUAUGUGGCCUCCAGCAGUGUCCGUCUAGCCGGAGAAUUCUGAAGCCCAACAAAGGCACAAUUUCCAAUGGGAAAAAACUACCAACACCUGACCUCUUCAAGCCCAUCCCUACAACUACACCUAGUCCCAGGAUGCUGACUACACCCACAGUGCCUGGGCCUAUAAGCACGAGUGCUCUGACAAUCAACAGCCCUAGUCCCACCACAGCCUCCAAAGAAGGAGACCUGGAUGGGAAACAGUGGCAGAACAAUUCAAUUCAAACUGAACUGGACUCCCAUUAUGUCGUUUCCACUGGGAGUACUUCCCAGCCCAUCCUCACUUCCUCGUCUUUGAGUAUCCAGCCAAAUGAAGAGAAUGUUUCCAAUCCAGACACUGGUCCUAACGCAGAGGGAGACCUUGUAGUCACAACAGUGAGUAGUUCUGACUUGCCAACUUCCAGCAACCCUAUGACUUGGCAGGUGACUCCAUUUUACAGUCCUUUGACCAAAGAGCCAGAAAUGGGGAUUCACAGCGGCUCAGGGGAAGACAGUGAACAACCUGAGAAUGAAAAUGAGAACACCUCUGUGACAUGGACCAAGAUCAGAGUACCUGGAAAUGACGCUCCAGGGGAAAGAAGUACAGAAAUGCCACUUGGACCUCCACCAACACCUUAUCUUAGGGAGCCAUCCUUGUGGCCACCCUUCAGCACAAUGUCGGAGGGACUGGUACCCAGCCAGAGGCCCACCACUCUCAAAAAUGGUGCACCCAGAGCUGAGGGGAUGGUCACUGAAAAGCCAGCUAACACUCCACUCCCUCUGGGCAGAGACCACCAGCCAGCAUACUCAGAAAACCAUCACCCUCCAGAACUUCCAAGCAACAUGAAUUUAACACAGGGUUCCGGACCAGUCCUGACCAAGGAAGAUGCAACAAAUCUGAUUGCAGAGGGUUUUUUGCUGAAUGCCUCAGAUUACAAGCAGCUCUCAACAGGCCACAGCCCUGCGUACUGGAUUGUGGGAAACUGGAGCGAGUGCUCCACCACGUGUGGGCUGGGGGCCUACUGGCGGAGUGUGCAGUGCAGCACCCACGUGGAUUCCGACUGCGCCGCCCUGCAGAAGCCUGACCCAGCUAAGAGGUGCCACCUCCGGCCCUGCGCCGGCUGGAAAGUGGGAAACUGGAGCAAGUGCUCCAGAAACUGCAGCGGGGGCUUCCAGAUCCGGGAGAUUCAGUGUGUGGACAGCGGGGACCACCGGAACCUGAGGCCGUUUCACUGCCAGUUCCUGGCUGGCCCUCCUCCUCCACUGAGCAUGAGCUGUAACCUGGAGCCCUGCAAGGAAUGGCAGGUGGAGCCUUGGAGCCAGUGUUCCAGGUCCUGUGGAGGCGGAGUUCAGAAGAGAGGAGUGACUUGUCCAGGAGGCCUCUGCGACUGGACAAAAAAGCCCACGUCCACUGAACCCUGCAAUGGACACCCUUGCUGUCAUUGGGCCCCUGGGAACUGGGACCUGUGCACUGUGUCCUGUGGAGGUGGCUCUCAAUGGAGGACGGUCCAUUGUGUUGCCUCAGAGAACAAUGCAACUGAAGACCAGGACCGAUGCCUGUGUGAUCACGAACCCAGACCCCCAGAAUCCCAAAAAUGCAACCAACAGGCCUGCAGGAAGAAUGCUGAUUUACUUUGCAUCAAGGACAACUUAUCAGCCAGUUUCUGCCAGACACUAAAAGCCAUGAGGAAGUGUUCUGUGCCCACUGUGAGGGCUCAGUGCUGCCUCUCGUGUUCCCAGACCCAAAGGCCAAGAAAGCGACAGCCGCUCAAAAACCCCAAAGCACCCUAAGUCCAGAAGGAAGCCACCCUCCACCAUAGACUGCAGCAGCCUGCUGACCGUGACAUGUUCUAGCCCCAGGGACCACUUCAAUGCGGUUUCUCACUGUGUGUGUUUCAGGUUCAGCUUUGGCUCAUCACAAAACAAAGCCCACUGUGUUCCUUUAGCCACAAAAUACCCCUCGCAGGAGGCAUGGGACUGUAACACUCACUGCUCCCUCAUAGGCAGGUGAGGUAUCCAGGAGAAUUGGGCUUCUCGUGGAAUCAGCUCCUGGGAAAGGCGCCAAGUUGGGCAAGUCUGUGAAAUGAUGUCUUUUGUUCCUCUCUGAAAGGUAAAAAUGAGAGAUCAGAUGCUUCCCAGACUACCUCAAGAGGAUCAGGAAAACAGAGCCACACACAGCCAGGGAACAGAUAAUCUUGUUAAUUUGCCUUGGUGAAAUCAUUCUUUAUCUCCGUAUUUGGAAUAGCUGCUGUUUAAAAUGUCAUGGGAGAACUUUCAGGAACAUUCUUAUAAUUCAUCCAGGCAGAGGACUGCUUUCUUUACCAAAUGUUCAACUGGGACAGGGAGAGAAAGUGCUGGCUACACCGUCAGUCUGUCCCUAAUCCCUGUGGACUCUACGUCUGGGUUGUUUAGACUCCCAUGCCUUCCUGGAGACACUAGAAGAAGAGGAAAUGGGCAGGAACUAACCUAAAUCCCUUAGGCGUUAGUAACCUAAGGGAUUUAGGUUAGUUCUACAGAAGACAUUUCUAACUUAAGGAUCAUUUCUAUGAGAACUCUUAAAAAGCAAAUUAACAGAAAUCAGUUUCUUGCUCGUAUAAGGAAGAGAAUGUGGGCUUUUAUUCUUCCCACUUCCCUGGCAAAUACCAUUCCUUUGUAUAACAGCAAAUGAGUCUUCCUGUGUGACUUUCCCUUCUCUGGCAUAUUCCCUGUCCGAGUCUUCAGUUCAGGGAGAACAUCUCUUCACUGCUGGCAGUUUACACACCACAACUGCUAUGGCCAGGUCCACGGCUGCAACCUGCCCCUACCUACCCUCAGGUUGGAAAAUGGAACUCUAGAUUAAAAUAUUUCCAAGAACCAGGUAAACUGUAUUAAGUAUAGGAAAACUUAGUAUAAAUUUCUAGUCUCGAUAAAAAAAAAAGUUUCAAAAGUGAGGUAAAGCUGACAUCCUCCUCUCUAGCACACCUAAUAGUUACUUUUGAGGACCUGUUUCCCGGGGUGGGGUGGGGAACAGGUGAGUCAGGUAGCCCAAAAAAGUGACAUGAAAGCUAGAAUGCUUAUUCUGGAUGUUCCCAUCACCCAUCAGGAGUCAAAGUAGGCUGCGGUCUCAAAUUCAAGGCAAAUUUCCAGGUUUGUAAGGGGAGGUAUUUACAUGAACGGAACCUGGAAAAUGGCAAGGGGUGGGGGGGUGGUUGGAGCCCCCACAGGAAGAAGCCCCUCAGAACCAGCUCUUGCCAGAGGGGAAGGCAGGAGAGCGACCUUCAUGUAAUGGGCAGCGUGUCUUCAGAAUCACACACAGAUACCGUUAACAUUCACCAUGGACAACAGUGUCCCAUCUUUCCCCUGAAUUACCUAUCCGUUCAGCAGAAUGGUGCUAUUGAAAAAUGGUGCUAAUAUCUAGUUGGUGGCAGAAGUAACAUAAACAUAUAGAUAGAUGUACAAAUGGGCAAGUCCAUAUGCAUCUUCUGUUAAAUGUGUAAUGGUGUUGCUGGCCAACGCCAAUUCUAUUGUUUGGAUACCAGAAUCUUAAAAUUUUUAUAUUAUGCGCUUUUUUUUUUUCAAGCCAUUACUCUGUAUUAUUCUAAUAAAUGCCUGUGGAAAACAAAACACUGGGGUUGGGAUGAAAUUUGAGAUAGAGCAGAAAUAGGAGGAAUAGAAAUGUUUACCAAAAUCAGGGAAUCUAUUUCUAUAUAAUUAUGUUCUUGUAUUGUCUUUAAACAUUGCUGGCCAAUGGCAGCCUCUGGUGAAAUAAGUUUUAGAGAGAAGAUGCUUAAAUUGUCAGUGACAUGAGUAGAAGAGAACCUGAUUUUUUUUUUUUUUCUAAUGAGGCAAUUCGCAAAAACUAUCCCUGAAGAGGAGAGUAGGCUUUUAGGGGGAUGAAUUUAGGUAAGCUGGAUGGAUUUAAUUUAACCUGGUGCUCUGGUAUCCUAUGUCAUGCAUGUCAUCAGAGACCUGGAUAUGACCAGUCUUAAAAAACUCAGGAACAAACCCAGAUUCCUACUGACCUCAGCAAACUAAACUAGACCAGAUUUACCAAUAUGCAAAAUGUUAUUUAUGACCCAUACGGCAAAGAUGGUAGAAAUUUUGGGGGUUCUGGUCAGGUGCUCCAUUCUAGGCCUUUCUCUAGUUUCUCAAAGGCAGAAUAUUGGCCCUUAAUCCUGCAUCAUGGACAUUCACUUCCUGUAUGGAGGCUGUGUUGUAAGACAUUUGUGUAACAUCUGUCAUUCUGGACCCCAGGAUAAAGAUAGCACUUGCUAUUAGAGUCAUCUGACACAGUUUUUGCCUUGACAAUCAUUCAGCUUUGGGUCAUUAGGGUUUUGGCAGGUCCCAGUGCUUGCAAUAAAAGAGGGACUUCAGAUUAACAGGGAGACUCUGAAGGCAAGAACCUAGAUGGUGUCUCACCAUUCUUUUGGUGCUCAUGGGGGCCAACAUGAAGUAGCGUUGUUGGUUUACUUCUUCCAUGGCCUCCUUUCUUCCCACCUUGAACAAGCAAGUAAGAAAUGUAGCAAGAGACACUGGAUACACAUCUACCAUGAACCAGAGAAGCUGCCACAGGGGCUGGUGCUUAAAUACAUGAAGGUUCUCAAACCCAAUUUGGUUUACAUUGCCUCUCCCAGUGGUAGAGUUAGCUCUUCUCUGAAAGGGUGUAGGUUAAUCCUUAAACAACGAAACAUAAUUCAACACACUACAAGGAAACAAUAUUUUAAGAGACUAAAUAGUAAAUUCUUUGGUAAAAUAGGAAAUCAUUUUGUGAUACAAGCAAUUGCCCCUUUGUAGGAAUGACUUGUUUUAAUGUUGGGUUUUCUUAAACAAGAGUGCACCUCCGUCCAAUCUCCUGACCCGUCCCUACUUGGUGGAGUCAUCCCAAUGUGAUACUUUCAGAUACUUAGUGAGUGUUUUUGAUAACCAUCAUCUCCUUUCUGGAACACAAAUUGAGGGAUUUAUAUUGUUUCGGAUCAUAAUUUCCCAAUCAAUUGGCUAAAAUCCUCCAAACUCUGAAAGCUACACAUUGCUAUCCCAGAGAUUACAGGUCUUAGCUCUUCUCCCUUCUGACUUUAGGAUCAAGCCAUGGGACAAUGAAUCAGUGCACAGCGAUUCACUUUCAAGAGAGAAACCACAUGACAUGAAUUGUCUGGUGCUACAACUUAGCCAACAUAUUUGAUGCUACUUUUUUUUUCUUGUAUUGCUAAUUCAAAUAUUAUUAGUAGUAUUAUUUUAAGUUAUGUCAUUUAAAAAAAAAAAAAACAUGGUUGGGGAAGCACAAUUCUACCUAACACUGCCCUUCAAAGUGGUUGUAUGUGGUACAUUGCCUCAUCCACUGCCCUCUCUGCAUCUCUGUGCUGCUUUGCCAGGCCCAGCCUCCUUAAGGGGUACCUUGAUGGGUACCUCAGUGUUUAAAACUAGAGUGUAACCAUAGCCUGCCAUUGUGUGGCAUCAAUAAAUG